AUGUCGCCGCUGUCGUUAUCGUCGCUGGAAACGAAGGAUUUUCUGGCCAUUGGAAUGGCGGUCCUGCUCUCAGGCGUCCUUUACUCUACAAGAAAGCGCAAGUCGAGGUAUCCUCCUCCUCCUGGUCCUAAGAAGCUUCCUCUGGUUGGCAACUUGUUCGAUCUUCCAAAGGGCUUUGAAUGGGAAACCUACGCGCAGUGGAGUAGAGAAUUCAACCGACGAGAUAAACUUUUGCAAGGUUCGGGCGUGGUUCUCUUGGAGAUUCUGGGCAAAAGUAUCAUCGUGGUCAACUCUUUCGAUGCUGCUACAGAAUUGUUUGAUAAGCGGUCGACACUUUAUUCAAGCCGGCCUCAAUUUCCUAUGGUCAACGAGUUGAUGGGUUGGAAAUGGCUAAUAUCUGCCAUGGCUUACGGAGAACCAUGGAGAGAACGGCGGAAGCUCUUCCAAAAGCACUUUUCCUCCAACAACGCAUCCUUCUAUCAGCCCGUCCAAACCGAAUUCAUUCGGAAAAUUAAGGAAGAUCCUCUGCCACACCAUCUCGUUCUGCUCAAGUGGCUCAUGGACGUGUACAGCGCUGUGGGUGGCAUGUCAUUGUCGCUAGCGUACGGCAUCCCGAUCCAGCACCAGGACGAUCCGUAUAUCAACCUCGCUGAGAAGGCUGCUGCUUCUAUCAGUGAAGCCGCGAUUCCAGGCGCCUUCCUUGUCGACAUGAUGCCAUCGCUGCGGGGCGUCCUUGAGAUGAUUCCUGGCAGUACGUUCAAGCAGAAGGUCCAGUACUAUCACGACCUCCAAGAGACCUUCCACAACAAGCCGUACGAUGCGACUAUCAAAAACAUUGCGUCCGGAGUCGCAAAGCCAUCUUUUAUGUCCGCCUGUAUGGAGGAAAUCGAUGAAACAGGAAACGUUCCCCACCAGAAAGAGGUCAUCAAGGACACCGCGGGCAUCGUCUUCGCCGCCGCCGCCGACACAACGCUCUCGGGCAUCCACUCGCUCUUCGUCGCUAUGCUCCAUCAUCCCGAGGUUCAAGAAAAGGCUCAAGCAGAGCUAGACCGCGUUCUGGGCGGGCGCCUGCCCGAGUUCAGCGACGAGCCUGAUUUGCCGUACGUUUCUGCUGUGGUAAAAGAGUUGCUCCGAUGGCAUCCAGCAACGCCGAUCGCUGUGCCGCAUUAUGCUAGCGAGGACGAUGUGUGGGAGGGCUAUCAUAUCCAGAAAGGAUCCUUGGUCAUUGGCAAUGCAUGGGCAAUCUUGCAUGACGAAGAGGCCUAUCCAGAUCCAUCUGCAUUCAAGCCUGAGCGUUUCCUGGACAAAGAAGGCAAACUUGACGAAAACGUGCGCGAUCCUGCGGUGGCUGCGUUUGGUUUUGGACGGAGGAUGUGUCCAGGAAGCCACAUCGGCAUGUCUGUCAUCUGGCUGACAACAGCGACGAUACUUGCAACGCUCAAGAUUUCGCAGGCAGUAGAUGAGAACGGUAUGCCGAUUGAACAUAAGAUUGAGUAUCUGCCGGGUUUGAUUUGCCAUCCUGCACCAUUCAAGUGUACGAUUAAACCAAGGUCGGCAGUGGCAGAGGCUUUAAUUCAGUCCGUUGCAGAUUCAUAUUGA